AGCCAUAUUAUGAUGAAAAUAAAAUAUUCCAAUUAGUACAAAAGCAUGAUACGCCACUGCUUCAUCAAUACCCGAAGGAUUUCCCAAACACCCGGAAUGAACCAACGAUUCGUUUCAAUAAAAUAAAGCAAGCACAUUUCACUCUUUACGUUUGUUUGAUGCGAUACAUAAAUAGAAACAAACAUUCGGAGGAGACAAUCAAAUCAAAAAAAGUCAACACGAACUCAGACACAACAGAAGUAGGUAGACGACGGUUGAAGAAACUCGAGAAAAUCCGGAAAAAUCUGAAGUCGCGAAGUCAAGGUUUAAAUAGACCAGAAUGAACGUCAUAUUUUUUUUCGAGCUCUAAACUGCGUUCAAGAUGAACCUGUAGAAUACUCAAUUAUUAGAGUGUCAACAAAUUGUUAAUUGACAAUUCAGUGCAACUAUCGAGUGGCGUAAAGAUAAAUAAUCUUGAGAUGGGUACAUUGUUUGGUGAUUUAUUUUAGUGCGGUUGGUUUAAUUGUGUGAGAAUAUUGGAAAUUGUGAUUUCAAAAGAAGGAAACUUUUGCAUCAAUUAAAGAAAGCUAAGGUUUUCGGAAGUUCUUGAGCAUCUUCAAUUCAUGUAUUACGUUACAUGAUUUGCAAAAUGUGCUUAUGUGGAGUUCGAGAAAAUUAUAUAAUUUUCUGUACGUUUUUGUUUUCAACUCAUUUACUGGACAGCGUCUGCAGUCUGAAAUUGGGACAAUUUGGUCAUCGCCAAUACUACAGACCUAGCUUCAAUCCAGUGAUAAAUUCCAACCAAAGCCCUUGUCCAAGUAUUUUCGAAUAUAGAAACGAUGAGAAUGGUAUAUUAUUUGGAUUUUUGCAAAUACCUAUACCGGAUGUUAACGUCUUGGAGCUUCAAGUGGCAUUCGUAGUUGGAAACCGUAUAGGCAAGGGAGAGGAAGGUACUAUAACACUCCCUUACCCCAACAAAGAUCAAAUAUUAGAGCAUGUCCAAAAGAAAAUUCCUUUAAACUACAGGGUGAACUUCCCAGCGUGGCAGGGGAUACCUCCCAAGAUCACCAAAAUUGUAUUCAACGGUGAUAUUAUAUGCUUUGGAGAACCAUAUUCACUAAGCACUGUACCAGUAUUGACAACAAUACAUCUUCUGCACAAGCUUAAUAUAAAUGUGACACCUCUAGUCUCUAGUCCAGCAUUCGAUCAAGCUAAUCUUUUCAACACCGACAGCUCCAGUAAAGGGUUGAACGAGAGGAAUGAAAUGGUUAAAUUUAAUAUAAACACCGACAACUUUGACAACCCGAGAUAUUUCAAACCAAAAGAUGUGAGGAAGGUUCCCAAGAUUAUUUAUAAACCCCUUACCGAUGAAAACCCUUACUCUGACAACCCUUUCUUGAACAGACUUUCUUCGACCACAAGUAGACCUAUUAAAGAAAAUCCAUUCUUCACCUUGGCUCCAUCUACAGAACCAGUAUUUGAGAUAACUCCAAAAGCCAUUACCACAGUGUCACCGAAAAGUCAGCCUGGCGCGGACCUGUCAAGUAGGGAUAGUAGCUCGCAGCUCGUUUCCAAAGUAUGUGGAUUGCCUGUCAUCACUAAUUCAUUGAUACUUCACGGAAAGGCGGUUUCCAGAGGAGCAUAUCCUUGGCUUGUUGCAAUAUUCCAUACAUCCGAUGUUGGUUUGUCUUACAAAUGUACCGGUGUUUUGAUAUCCAAGAAGCAUGUCGUGACAGCUGCCCAUUGCGUGAGGAAAAAUAGGCAAACAUUGCCUUCCAACAAGAUUGUCAUGGUUUUGGGUAGGACCAAUCUGCAACAGUGGGAGGUCUCUGACGGUGAAAUGAUCGCAGAAGCUGAAGACGUACAUGUUCAUCCUAACUAUACCUUCCAUUCAGCUGAUUCAGACAUCGCCGUUUUGGAACUUAGGAAGGACGUUGUGUUCUCUGUGAUGAUCCGUCCCAUCUGCCUCUGGAACGGGGAUAAUGACUUGAACGAGGUAGUCGGGAAAACGGGUCUGGUGGUUGGGUGGGGCAAAGAUGAAAAUGGCCUUAAAUUUUCUCCAGAACCGAAGCAGAUAGAACUUCCCAUCGUAAGUCAAGAACAGUGUCUUCGGUCCGAUUAUGCCUACAGGGAUAUAACUUCGGAGAGAACCUUUUGUGCAGGGAACCGUGAUGGCAAAGGACCCUGCAAUGGAGACAGUGGAGGAGGUUUCGUGAUGAAGAAGAACGGUCGGUGGUUUCUCAGAGGUGUGGUUUCGAUGUCACUGUCAGACGUCCUUGUAUCUUGUGACCUAUUGAACUAUGUCGUCUUCACUGAUGCCAGUAAACAUAAAGACUGGUUGCUCGGACUUGUUAGUUAAUUUUAACAUUAUUUAUAGAUAGUAUUUAUUUUGUAAUAAAUUAUAUAAAUGAAAGUGUUACAUUUUCUUGUGAA